AUGCCUGUUUUUACAGCUAACAUACCCGGUGUACUUAAAAUUGGAGACAAAAUUGAAAUCGGUGGUAAAAUCAAGGAAAACGCUCGAAAGAUGUCAGUUAACCUUUGCGCUCAAGAAGGGGAGGAGCCGAGGGACGUGGUGCUGCACUUCGACGUGCGGUUUCAUCGAGACAACAUUAUCUCUUUGUCAAGGAAAAACGGCAUCUGGAUAGGAAGUGGGAACUACGAUACUAAUUAUAACAUGUUCGUGCCUGGGACGAUAUUUCGGAUAGUUUUCGAGGUGAAGGAUACGGACGUGAUCACGAUUUACUGCCAAGGCAAGUUCCACUCGAACUUCCUACCGAAGAUUCCGCUGAGCAUGGCCCGCUACAUCGUCGCUUGGGCCGACGUGGAGAGAGUCACGCACUGCUACUUUCACUUCGGAUUGAAGGGAAAUUUGUACGAAAAGGGGAUAGGCGAUGAAGUGGGCCCCGGCUUCCCGCAGUCGCAGUCACCACGUAAUGUUGCGAACAUGCUGGCUGGAGACACCAAACGAUGCCAAAGAACGCAUAAAAAACUUCCUCCAACCUCCCCGGUACUCCACUCCUCAAAUGAAAGCUCUGAUGAGGAACACGUAAAAUUGAGACCGAAAGCCGAAGGAAGAGCUGACAGAUUUUUCUAUGAAACACUAAUGUGUCAACCGCCGGAUUAUGCAAAAUUGGCUAGCGACAAUUUAAAACCCAGACGUGAUAAAAGCCAACCUCGCGGAAAACCAGAAUAUAGUAAGAAAUAUCGCGAAAUUUCAGACAGCGAAAAAAAUGACACUGAUGAUUUUUCCGAAGAGAUCGCAUCAAAAAACAUGGAUUCAUCUAUGGUCGAGUCGGAGGAAGUGUUGCCAGAUUUGGGCAUGAAAAAAAGAUGUCGUCGCGGCAAAUUCGCGCCACUAGCUCAAGUCGUAAACUUUAUGGGAAAAUCAACGAAGAGAAAUUAG